CUGCUCCUGCGAGGACCCCUUCAGACCGGAGGACUCGUGUCCUGAUGCACCCGGGCCAUAUUGAGGAAUGGUUUCAAUUCGCAAAAAACUCCUUGCAGAAUGAGUCCGGCUGGAAGGUGGCGGCCCAGAGGAGCCAAGAUACGCUGUGCUACCAAGAUUGCCUCGGCGGCCGCACGGUGAAGUUCGACUUCAAGGAAAUUUACGUUCCAGGCAUCGACGAGCCAGCGGAGGCGAUGAUGCGCCCGGAGGCACGAAGCCAGUCCCACGAUUGCAAAAACCGUCAAAUUAAGUUGGGAUUGCAGCAAAUUGUGGCACCUGGAGAUGCGUUUGUGGAGCAAACGAGCAAUUUCUGGAUCCUCUUCAUGAUUGCCUGUCUCUUCGGCGAGUCUGGGCUGCAGACGGACAGCUUCUUCUGUGGCUGCAAGCCCACCUUGGCGCGUCACCAGCGCCGCCUGGAUUUUCCCGAGGAGGGCGAUUGUGCCUAUGCCAACUUCCAGGGCCACACGUCCGGAUGCCAGGAGCUUAUGGUCAUUGUGCGGAAGGCUUCGCAGCGUCAUCACUUUCGGCUGAUGAUCCUGUUUCGCGUGCCUGACGUGGAGCUGCUGCUCUCCUGGACCUCCAAGUCCUUCGUGAUUCUGCUGGAGCGUUCUCGUGAGG